CUAAAAUGAAGAGACGGGAGGGAAAAAAGGCGAUCGGCAGCGAGGGCGAAGGGCUUGAAGACGGAGGGAGGGCGAUGUUGAACGGCUUCGUCGCCGGGGGGGCUGACCUCAUUCAUCUCGACGCAGUGCCGACAGAACGAGACUGAAGGAGUUGCCGCUUUGCUCCACAGGCAACGGAAUCGAUUCCAAAUCUGAAGCGAUCGCGACUGUGUUGCGAAAAGUGACCAAGUCAUGAAGCACUGCUCCACCUCCAUGGUGAACAUUUCCCUGGUGGACGAAUGCGAGGUGGAGGACCAGCGUUCCCUGCUGCCCCCCCCCAGGACGCUCUCGCCCCAGAGGCGGCUGGACCGCACCCGGGCCGUGGCCACCACCCCCUUGUACAACGGGCACCCGUGCCCCCGGGCCUCGCCGUGCCCCCCCAGGAGGUCCGACAAAGUCAGGUGCAAGGAGAAGAAGCGCCAGAGCGGUCCGAGGAAGGAGCGCAAAGCCCAGAACUCGGGAGGGAAGCCUUGGGCUUUUACUGACGCGGCCCAGUGCGGCCCCCCCUUCAGCGGCGCCGGGAGGCCUCUGGUUCGCCUCUCCCCGGAGUUGAGCCGCAGCCUCCCGGAGAUCGUCGUCACCGGCAGGGACGACGAGCCGUCGGGACCCGGCGGGGACGCGGGCCGGGUUCGGGGCCUCCUCCCGGGGGCCCCCCGCCCCUCCGGCCCCAAACCCGCGGCGGAGCCCAAGGACGACCGCUACUGGAAGACGCACAGCAUCGGGUGGCGGCUGCUGCGCCGGCGGGCGCUCUUCCUGCGGAGGCAGCGGCUGAACGACUGCGCCCUCGCCGUGGGGCUCUUCGGCGUGGUCAUGAUGGUCACGGAGACGGAACUCUCCUGGAGCAUCUACAGCAAGAGUUCCGUCUACUCGCUCACGCUGAAAUCCAUCAUCAGCGCUUCCACCGUCAUCCUGCUGGGCCUCAUCGUCGCGUACCACUGCUGCGAGGUGCAGCUGUACGUCCACGACAGCGGCGCCGAGGACUGGCGCAUCGCCGUGACGACCGAGCGCCUGGCCCUGGUGGCGCUGGAGCUGGCGGCGGCGGCCGUGCACCCGUACCCGGUGGGCCUGCUGGCCUACUUCCGGCGGCAGACGGCGGCGCCGGCGGCGCUGUCCGAGACGGAGCUGGAGAUCGUGCUGGCGCUGCCCAUGUUCCUCAGGCUCUACCUGCUGGGCCGGGCCAUGAUGCUGCACAGCCGGCUCUUCACCGACACGGCGUCGCGGAGCAUCGGGGCGCUCAACAAGAUCCACUUCAACGCCCGCUUCGUGGGCAAGACCUUGAUGACCACCUACCCGGGCACCGUCCUGAUGAUCUUCAGCGUCUCCCUGUGGAUCGUGGCGGCGUGGGGGCUGCACGUGUGCGAGAGACAUCACAACUACCGAGACCUGAGCAGCAACUACAUGGAGGCCCUGUGGAUGGUCUCGGUCACCUUCCUGUCCAUCGGCUACGGCGACGUGGUGCCUCACACCUACUGCGGUCGCAGCAUCUGCCUCCUCACCGGGAUCAUGGGGGCCGGCUGCACCGUGCUGGUGGUGGCGGUGGUGGCCAGGAAGUUGGAGCUGACGCGGGCCGAGAAGCACGUGCACAACUUCAUGAUCGACUCGCACAUCUCCAAACGGGUCCCGCUGCCGUCUGACUUUGUCGUCGUUAUCCUGUCGCGACUCAAUUACUGCCGCGAUAUCGUAGCGUGCGCGUUUGGUCCCGUUGCAGAUGAAGAUCGCGGCGGCGAACGUGCUGAGGGAGACCUGGUUCAUCUACAAGCACACCAAACUCUCCCGGGAGAAAGACCACACCAUGGUCCGCGUGCACCAGCGGAAACUGCUGCUCGCCAUCCACCAGCUCCGGCGCGUCAAGAUGGACAAGCGGAUCCUGGCCGACCAGGGCAGCACGCUGGUGGACCUCUGCAAGGUGAGAGAGUUGCAAACCACGCUGAGCGACGUGCUGGCGGAGGUGCAGGGCUGCCGGGCCGAGCUGGACGCGCACGUCCGCGGCCUGGAGAAGCACGCGGAGGAGCUGCGCCAGGGCUUCCGCGGCCUCAUGCCGCUGCUCACCAGCACCUUGUCCACGCAGAACUCGUCCAUCCGCCACCUGCUGCGCGAGAGGGAGAAGAAGGCGGCCGACGGCGACGGCAGGAGCCAGGACAGGUAGUUGGGGGGGGGGCGUAUGGCGCCCCCUGGAAGGCGGAGUUGGGUAUUGCUAGCGUUAACGAAAUCUUUUAACCAAAAAUGGGUUCACGUCCAGCUGGUUACAUCAAUAUGAGCAAAUGUAUGAAAUGAAAAAUCCGUAAUGGGAAAGAUUUUUGCCAGCGGGGAAGCAACAUGGCCGCUCAAACAUGCAACAAAACACCACCCCCCCCCCAAAAAAAAAAAAAUG